GGAAGACCCAGAAGGACCCAGAAGGAAGAAAAAGCUGAGAUAGUGAUGAUCAAAUCAUCAUCGUCGUUUGUGAUUGCAUUUCAAGAAAUUGGGGAGGACGUGUCUACAUCAUCUGAAGUCUCUGGAUUGCCUUGACACUGAUUGUGUUAAGCGCAAUAGCGGGUACCCCUUCGGUGGGAUUCACUGCAGGAAUAAGGCUUAGAUUUAAUCCUAAAAUCCGAACUGGAAAUUGAGAACAUUUCUAGAAACCUUUCUAGAAAGCGUUUUCUGCACACUUAUGGUAUGAGCGCUUUGAAUCUCCUCGUUAUGGACCGAAAAAAGUGUUAAAAGCUCCAAACAAGUAGGACACACGCGGAAACUGUAUGUUAAGCUUGAAACUCGGAUGAGCAAAGUGCAACACAGACAGCCUGCUUGAACAUGUAUGCAUGGGGCAUAUCCCUUCAUAUCCUAAUUCCCCAGCCUGCUGUAUCUGCUACUAGUGUAUAGACAGUGAGACGAAUCAGUGAGAGAGAGAGAGAACAUCUUCGACACAAGACUGAUAUCAAGUAACUGUAGCUUUUCACUGUCUCCAGGUGAGUCGAAAGACUGGUCUGGGGACUUUGAAGUGUUUGACGCAAAAAUUGAAAUCUCAGAAUUCCUCAAUAGUCUCAAAAGAACGAACACCGUUUCUCUAAGUAUUGCAGCUAUGAGAGGAUCACCGAAGGCAAUUCCUCCGAGGUUCAAAUUUGUUACCUUCUUCGUAGCGCUCAGCCUACAUUUUGCAGCAGUAACGGCGAAUCUCAGGGCUGACCACGAAAGCAUUCAGAUACAAAGCCAUCGCGCUUUUGUUGGCCGAGAUGGUAAGAAUUUCGUGCUCGAUGGCCACCCGUUAUAUGUCAACGGGUGGAAUUCUUAUUGGCUCAUGUCGCAGGCAGUGGAGGAGAGCACGAGAUCACGGGUGACCAACAUCUUCAAGCACGGAGCUGCGUUAGGCAUGACAGUAUGCCGCUCGUGGGCUUUCAACGAUGCUGCUUACGAUGCGUUGCAGGAGACUGUCGGCGUUUACUCGGAGCAAGCAUUCAAGGCUCUAGACUUUGUUGUUAUGGAGGCGGGCCGCUAUGGAGUGCGGUUGUUACUGACCCUGGUGAAUAAUCUUCCAGACUAUGGGGGUAAGACCUGCUACGUACAGUGGGCGAGGGACGCUGGCAUAGUACUGGACGGUGAUACCGAUGACCACUUCUUCUCGCAUCCCAUCCUCCGCAACUAUUAUAAGGCUCAUGUCAAGACCGUUCUAACGAGGGUGAAUAGCUUCACAAAUGUGGAGUACCGCAACGACCCUACCAUUUUCGGUUGGGAACUCAUAAAUGAACCUCGAUGUGCACAAGAAUCCUCAAGCGGUGCUUUUCAGGCAUGGAUUGAAGAAAUGGCUGCGUAUGUGAAGUCUCUGGAUAGCAAGCACCUGUUAACGAUAGGGCUGGAGGGCUUCUACAAGAAGAGUGGCAAAGGAACCUCUACGGUGAACCCGCAUUACAUGCCUGGCUCAGGGACGGACUUUAUAGAAAACCAUGAAGUAGAUGGAAUCGACUUUGCAACAGUGCACGCCUACCCCGAUCUCUGGAUGCCGUGGGAGGAUCAUUCCGAGAAACAGAAGUUUUUUGACGCGUGGGUGGACGCGCACAUCAAAGACGCCGACGAAAUUCUGCAAAUGCCAGUUCUCUUCUCUGAGUUCGGGCUGCUCAACUCGCAGGAACGACUUGCCAUGUACACAUCCAUGUAUGACAGGAUCUACGAGUCGGCGAAAUACCGUGGGGCUGGCGGUGGCGCUCUCGCGUGGCAGCUUCUCGACGAGGAAAUGGCGAACGUCUGGGACGACGGAUUCGCGAUCUUCCCAGGCCAAGACCUCCCUAUGAUUCAUCUCAUCAAACUGCAAUCGUGCCGCUCGAAGUUGCUACCCUCGUCGUCCGACGAAUGCCUCGACGGCGAUCAGUCCUCGUCCCUCUGACGCGCCAUGUUGAUGCUCUUGACGCCGACUCCCAACUUCUAGGGGAUGCCAAAGAAUUAAUAGAAUAAGCCCACGUGUAUAGAUUCGAUACAUUAAGAAUAAAUGUAUAUAUGUAUAUCUUUAAGAAAAUCCUUAUUGCACUAAAGAAAAAAAAGUUUUAUUUUUUACUAAAUUAGAUAAUGAGUUCCAACUUGUUUAUAAAGAAUAAUCAAAUAAAAUAAAUAAAGCAUACUACAAUUGUUUCAACACAUU